UGCUCGUGCUCUUCAAGCACUACCUGAACAAGGAUACUCUCAAGGAAAACGUCGAGAAGGUCGAAGGGCGAACAAGCCGUUGGGUUCACUCGCCGACACCACAAAAGGUACAUCCUAAAUCGGAGAGCGGGUGGUCGAUGUCCCUCGUGCGUCUUUUGAUCGGUCGUCCAAGAGCGAGAAGGUCCCUGAGGAUAGGCUCGCCGCACCGGGGACGCUUGUCCGGAACACCAAACUGGUGACACAAGCCAGCGAAGACGAACGUCGACACCCUCAACACGGUUCAAUCCGCGGGGCCAUUGUGCCCGCCAGUACCCAGAACAAGUUCCAAGCGGCGGUCCCGCUUGGUGGGGAGUCGCAGAGGGCGGAGGUGGAGAGGAUGGUGAAGGAGAGGGGAGAGGGGUAUAGCGGGGCGGACUUUGCGGCCGUCGUGCGGGAGGCGGGCGUCGCUGCGCUGCGAAGGACGUUGGGCGCGCUAGAUCAGAUGGAGGCGGAUGGGUUGGCGACUGCUGGCGAGGAACCGAAGGGCGUCCCAGACUUUGAGAGAGCGCUGGAGAAGGCGCAGCCUAGCUUCAGCACGGCACAGCGGCGGAAGUAUGCGAGCUUGCGGGUGAAGCUGAGCGGGAGCGGGCUGCCUGUCGGUGUCACGACUGACGAAGGGAAAGAAGGCAAGGGCGGAGGCAUGCACGAGAGCUAG